GCGCCGCCUUCCGCGGGCGGGCUCCGCUUCUCACGCGGCGUCCUUCGGGGCUCGGCUGCAGCUCCGAGGCUUGAGACAAUCCCGUCCCUACAGGAAGAGGAGGAGGGGGCGAGAGCCGGCGGCUCCGGCGAGCUCUCCCGGCCGGGCUCGCGGAUUUUUGCUGGCGAGAGCAGCUGAGGAGGGAGCGCAUCUCCCUGCAACUUCCCCGCAACUUCCCGACGCUCGCGAGGGUCUGCAAUGGAAGGCAAAGAACCCCAGCUGAAAGGAAUUGUGACAAGGUUAUUCAGCCAGCAGGAAUACUUCCUGCAGAUGCACCCAGAUGGUACAAUUGAUGGGACCAAGGACGAAAACAGCGACUACACCCUUUUCAAUCUAAUUCCUGUGGGUCUACGUGUGGUGGCAAUCCAAGGGGUGAAGGCAGGUCUAUACGUUGCCAUGAAUGCUGAGGGAUAUCUCUACAGCUCGGAUGUUUUCACACCAGAGUGCAAAUUUAAGGAAUCUGUCUUUGAAAACUACUACGUUAUUUAUUCUUCCACACUGUACCGGCAGCAAGAAUCCGGACGAGCGUGGUUCCUGGGACUCAAUAAAGAAGGUCAAAUUAUGAAGGGAAACCGGGUGAAGAAAACCAAACCCUCAUCACAUUUUGUACCCAAACCCAUUGAAGUGUGCAUGUACAGAGAGCCAUCGCUGCAUGAAAUUGGAGAAAAACAAGGACGCUCAAGGAAAAGUUCAGGGACACCAACCAUGAAUGGAGGCAAAGUUGUUAACCAAGACUCGACAUAGCUGACAAAUACCAUCCCUUCGUCUAACUGCUCCCCUCCCACUCACCUACCCACCCCACCUGGCGAAACCACACUGAGACCACGACAAACGGAGCAAGGCAGGACCUACCGGUAGUGGCUAGGAGUCCGAACUCAAGAAUCUUUCUUUGUGUAGGAUGAAGACAUCGAACCACAGAUCUUGCCUGUUUCAACGUUUUAGAAAACAAAAAAACCAAAAAAAUAAAAAACAAAUGUUUUAAAUCAGGACUCCAUUAACAUUUUCAAAAGCAAACUGUUUGCUCUGUGAUCAAAGGGAAAAAAAAAUCUCAUCUCUGCAUAAUAAUAAUAAUAACUAAUAAAUAUAAUAAUAAUAAUAAAGAUGUUACCUUUAAAAAUAAAA